ACUCACACAGUCACUGUUAGUGACAGGAGAGAUGGCUGAGAAAGGAGUUCAGCUGAACCGAGAAACAAUCUCUUGUUCCAUCUGUCUGGAUCUACUGAAGGAUCCGGUGGCUCUUUCCUGUGGACACAGCUACUGCAUGAAGUGUAUUAAAGCCCACUGGGAUGGAGAGGAUGAGAAGAGAAUCUACAGCUGCCCUCAGUGCAGGAAGAUCUUCACACCGAGGCCUGUCCUGGAGAAAAACACCAUGUUAGCAGUUUUAGUGGAGGAGCUGAAGAAGACUGGACUCCAAGCUGCUGCUGCUGAUCACUGCUAUGCUGGAGAUGAAGAUGUGUCCUGUGAUGUCUGCACUGGGAGGAAACUGAAAGCCUUCAAGUCCUGUUUAUUCUGUCUGGCCUCUUUCUGUGAGAAACACCUUCAGCUUCACUAUGAUUCACCUCCAUUCCAGAAACACCAGCUGGUGGAACCCUCCAAGAAGCUCCAGGAGAACAUCUGCUCUCAUCACGAUGAGGUGAAGAAGAUGUUCUGCCGCACUGAUCAGCAGUCUAUCUGUUAUCUCUGCUCUGUGGAGGAACAUAAAGGCCACGACACAGUCUCAGCUGCAGCAGAAAGGACGGAGAGGCAGAGAGAGCUGGAGGUGAGUCGACAAAACAUCCAGCAGAGAAUCCAGGACAGAGAGAAAGAUGUGAAGCUGCUCCAACAGCAGCUGGAGGCCAUCAAUGGCUCUGCUGAUAAAACAGUGGAGGACAGUGAGGAGAUAUUCACCAACAUGAUCCAUCUCAUCCAGAAAACAGGCCGAGAUGUGGAGCAGCAGAUCAGAUCCCAGCAGGAGACUGAAGUGAGUGGAGUCAAAGAGCUGAAGGAGAAGCUGGAGCAGGAGAUCAGAGAUCUGAAGAGGAAAGAUGCUGAGCUGAAGCAGCUCUCACACACAGAGGAUCACAACCAGUUUCUCCACAACUACCCCUCAGUGUCAGCACUCAGUGAGUCCACACACUCAUCCAGCAUCAACAUCCAUCCUCUGAGACACUUUGAGGAGGUGACAGCAGCUGUGUCAGAGCUCAGAGAUCAUCUACAGGACAUUGUGAGGGACACAUGGACAAACAUCUCACUGACAGGGACUCAAGUGGAUGUUUCACUGUCAGAUUCACAAGCAGAGCCAAAGACCAGAGCUGGAUUCUUGAAAUAUUCACGUCAAAUCACUCUGGAUCCAAACACAGCACACAGAUACCUGGUAUUAUCUGAAGGGAACAGAAAAGUAACAUUUACGGAUCAACCACAGUAUUAUUCUGAUCAUCCAGACAGAUUCACUGAGUGUUUUCAGGUCCUGAGUAGAGAGAGUCUGACUGGACGUUGUUACUGGGAGGUGGAGUGGAGAGGAGAAGUAGUUUCUGUAGCAGUAGCAUACAAGAAUAUCAGCAGAGCAGGAAGCUGGAAUGAAUGUGUAUUUGGAAACAAUGACAAAUCUUGGGCAUUAUAUUGUUCCCAAAAGUAUUAUGAAUUUAGACACAACAACAGCCAAACUCUCGUCUCAGAUCCUCCGUCCUCCAGAGUUGGAGUUUACCUGGAUCACAGUGCAGGUAUUCUGUCCUUCUACAGCGUCUCUGAAACCAUGACUCUCCUCCACAGAGUCCAGACCACAUUCACUCAGCAGAUACAUGCUGGACUUGGAGUUUAUGGUACUGGAUCAAGUGCUGAGUUGUGUAAACUGAAGUAGACAGAGGUAACUGAAGGUGCAGUGAGUCUGAUUGUGUCUUUGAUUCUUUCACUCAUUUAGUCUCCAUCAUUGUUGCUCACAGCUCAUUGUUGUUUUAUUUCUACUCUGCACAGAGAUCAACUGUCAAUCAAACAGUGACUGUCAGAACUUGUUUAUCUUCUUAUUUCUUCUUCUGCUCAUCUUUGACUUUCUUCCAACUUUCUUCACUAAAAAAUGACUUUCAUUGUUCUUGAUGUUUCUAGCUCAGAUGUAGUUUGUGCUCUCAGUCAGUAAAGAGGAUUUAUUCCACAGGACCAACAAGUAGAAACUGUGAUUUGAUCCAGUUUGGGUGUGAAAAUGUAGCAAUAAGUGACUUUUAAUGUGUUUUUCAGUCAUGUCUUUGAUUUCCUCUCAUUUGGAUUCAUGUUUAUUCAAUCCCAUGUUAGUGAUACACUUAAGGAAUCAGCUGAAAUGACGGAAAACUCAGCUUCUUAUUCAAAUGUGCACUACAUUUUGCUUUGACAGAGACACAUGUACAGAAUUUUUAUUUUUUGGUUAAAUUUUCUUGGGAAACAUGACUGUAUCUUAUUCCAGUCAGUAGUCAUUUUAUAACUUAUCUGAUGUGAUGAUUUUUAAUUUUGUUGGUUUGUUUUGUUUCUAAUCUGUUGACAAACUUGCAAUUCAGCUUCAAGUUAAUCUGCAAAUAAAUGACAAUGAAUGAACAGAA